AUCAGAGGAUAAUAAAAAGAAUGAACCUCCCCCUGCAGAAAAACUGAGGUUCCACAGACAAAUCCGUGUCUGCCUGCUUCAGCGUAUCACAGCAGACUGGAAACUGUUGCGCACAUCGAGUGAAAGCCCGCAUGUUUGAGAGGAGCCGCAGACUUCAACCACGGAUCCUCCUGCAAGAGAACCUAAUCUCCAGCCCCGUGCAACUAACCAAACCGGAGGCAACAGCUCGAUUUUUUCGCGCAGAGCCGCCAAAUAGAAGCAUUGUCCAAAAAAAAAAAAAAAAAAAAAAAAAAGUUACACCACAGGAAUCGAAACCGACCAGACUCUGCAGGAAAAACAAUAAGUUAAAGCAGAGAUUUUUUUACACUUAAUUUGGAGUUUUCGAAGGAAGAAAAGAAAAUGUCUAAACCAAAUUACUCCGGCACAUAUCAUUUGGUGGACAUCGAAAAUAUGGACGCCUACCUCGCAGCUUUAGAUAUUAAUUUUGCUUUGAGGAAGAUUGUGUGUCUGCUGAAGCCCACCAAAGAGAUCACCCAUGACCCGGACACAGGAGCCAUGAAAAUCCGCACUCUCACUACCUUCAAGAACUUCAACAUGGAUUUUACAAUCGGGAAAGAAUUCACUGAAGAUCUGGGACCAGUGGAUGGUCGUACCUGUCAGACGACAGUGAGCUGGGAAGGAGACAAGCUAGUGUGUGUGCAGCGUGGAGAGAAAGAGGGAAGGGGCUGGACUCACUGGCUGGAGGGUGACAAGCUGCAUUUGGAGAUGAGAGUUCAGGGCAUCGUUGCCAAGCAGGUCUUCAAGAAGGCUGACUGAAGUGGCUGCAGACAUGCAGUAGUGAAUAACCUCAUUUAAAAAGUAGUCUCUACAGGAACUGAAUCAUGUUUGAAACAUUUUUAUUAGAAACAACAAUAGUUUUAAAGAUCAAAACAUAACUGAAAACUGUAUAUGUUCAUUAUGGUGGUGAAAACAGAGAGAGGAGAGCAGCAGAGCAAAAAUGACUGUAAACAUUCUCAACUUGUUUCCUCAUAUCGUUACAAUGUUAUAAACAAAUUGUAUACCAUCA